AUGAGUAGAGAUACCAUACAAGCACAAUUUGAUGCUAUUCCAGCCAUGGAUAUCUUAAGCAUAAUAUGUAUAUUUUUCUACUUGGGAAGAAGUUGGGGACAGGAGCAAACGUAUGUUGUCUUCGCACCUAAAGCUUUCUGUGUUGAUGCCUCUGAGAAAGUAGUGAUUCAAGCUCAUGGAUAUACAGAACCAUUUGCUGUGUCUGUUGCUAUUAAAAGUUAUCCUGACAAAAAUUCCAUAUAUUCCCUUGGGCAAGUUAAUUUAUCUCCAGAAAAUAAAUUUCAAGGCUCUGCAAGCUUAAUCAUAAAACGAAAAGAUUUGCCUGGAGAACCAAAUGCAAUUUCAUAUGUGUAUUUAGAAGUAAUAUGUGCUCAUUUUUCAAAAACAAUAACAAUUCCACUACGUUAUGACAAUGGAUUCAUCUUUAUUGAGACAGAUAAAUCUAUUUACUCUUCAGAUGAAACAUCAGUAAAAGUUAGAGCUUAUACAUUUGACGAAAACCUAAAACCAGCUCAAAGAGAAGUUAUCUUAACUUUUAUAGACCCUGAAGGGAAAGAAACUGAAAUGGUUGGAAGUACUACAAAUCCUGGAAUUGUAACUUUCCGCAAUUUCUACAUGCCAUUCUUUCCUAAGCUUGGUUUAUGGACAAUUAAUGCUAAGUACAGAGAGGACUUCACAACAACAGGAACUACACAAUUUGAGUUUAAGAAAAAGGAAAGACAAAGUUAUGUCUUAAUAGAACCAGAAAACAAUGUUAUCAGCUAUAAAGAUCUAGAGGACUUCAAGAUUAAUAUAAAAGUUAGUGGGAAUAUUCCUGAGGGGGAUGUUUUUGUCUUUUUUGCAAUAAAAGAAGAUUUACAUGAUGACGAAAAAGAAAUGUUGCUUGCAGAAAUACAAACGACAAAGCUGGUUGAUGGUGUUGCACAAAUCAGUUUUAAUACUACAGAGGAAAUUAAAAAAUUAAAUAUAAGUCCAGAAGAUUUAAAUAACAAGUACCUUAAUAUUUUUGUGGACGUAAGUGCAGAGUGGGAUCCAAGGAACAUGGAGAUGUUACAUUGUGCGUACCAUAUUUUCAGAGUAGUGCAUAUUAUUCUAACAGGUGAAUUCCAUGAAAGCAAAAUAACUGAUAUCAAAUACAGCAUCUCACCCUACACUCUGGAUUUGGUUGCCACUCCUCUUUUCCUGAAGCCUGGAAAUCCAUUUCCCAUCAAGGUACAGGUGAAUGCUCCUGGCCACGUUACAGGAGGGGUUGCAGUAAUACUGGAAGGAAUAUUUGAUAAAACCCUGAAUCUGGGAACAAUGGAAAGUACCACAAAUUCUGAUGGAGUAGCCUCAUUUAUCAUAAACAUUCCCUCUGAUGUGGCAACACUGGAUUUUCAUGUCAGAACUGCUAUCCCAGACCUUCCAGCCAAAUACCAAGCCAGCAAGGACUAUGAAGUGGUGGCUUACUCGUCCCACAGUCACAGUUUCCUUUCACUCAGCUGGCCAGACAGUUACAAGACUUUGUUUGUGGGGAAAACUCUAAACAUAACCGUCACCCCUGAAAGUCCUUACGUUGACAGUAUUACACACUACAACUACCUGGUUUCUUCUAAGGGAAAAGUUGUGCACUUCGGAACAGUGAAGAAACUCCCAGACAAAUCCUCCCAACUUUUGAAACUUCCUCUGACUCGUUACAUGGUUCCUACAGCCUGUCUCCUGGUCUAUUACUUUGUCACAGGAGAUCAGACAACAGAAUUAGUGUCUGACUCAGUCUGCCUAAAGAUUCAAAAAAAAUGUGGCAAUCAGCUUCAGAUACAUCUGUCUCCAAAUAAAGAUGUAUAUUCACCAGGUGAAAGUCUUUCUCUGACUGUUGAAACUCAGUCAGAAUCAUGGGUAGCAUUAUCGUUAGUGGAUGUUGCUACAUAUAACUCUGAAGAAAGAAGCAAAAGUUUCGUGGAAAGAAUACUUCAGUCUUCACACAAACCCGGCCAGGAGUGCGGGGCAGGCGGUGGCAGGAAUAAUACCGAGGUGCUCUGCUCCACGGGACUCACUGUCCUUAGCAACGUGGACACAGGCUGCUCCCAACAAGAUGGUGGAUCAUUUAAGAAAGUGCUCAGAUCAAAAAGAGACUUGAAACAGAGGAUUGAUAAGAUAGCAUCCGAAUACAAACACCCGGUGCUUCAGAAAUGUUGUUAUGAUGGGGCCUACCAAUCUGAGGAGAGCUGCGUGAAAAGAGCUGCACGAAUUAAGAUUGGACCCAAUUGUUCCAGGGCUUUCUCUCGUUGUUGUGAAGAGGCAAAUAUUCGGCGGUUCCAGAAUCCUCAUAUGGACUCAGGAAUGCUACAUCAUCCCGGUGGCCCUACACUACCGAGGCUUCCUGAACAGCGUUUAUGGAAUGUUUAUCAUGUUCCUAAAAGUUCUACAGUGGAUUUGACAUCACCUUGGUCUCUAACUUCCUGGGAAAUUCAUGGUGUUGGUGUUUCAAAUAAUGGUCUGUGUGUUGCUGAUGUGCUGCAGGGACGAGUGAGUCAGGAACAAUAAUGUCACAGAGCCACCUGAGUGGGACUCCAGAACUUAAGUAGCUUUUGCAGCCCUUACCUUAGAGAGAAUGGCGAAAGCUCCAGCAACCAUUUUGACCACAACAUAAUUCUGAAGAUGGAACAUCGAUCCAGCAUGGAAGAAUCAAAAGAUAAUAGCCCCUUCUAAUCCCUGA